AUGCCACUGGCUAUUGCCGUCGGCCGUCGCAUCGUGCUACUCAUUUGCACCUUAAUCCUGGUGCUGGGAACAGUGCUCUGCAUCACGGCUGAAUCAUACGAAUGGCAUCUCGGGGCACGUAUGCUGGUUGGAUUUGCCGCUGGCCAAAGUGAGGCUUUGGUUCCCAUGGUCACGCAGGAAGUGUUCUUUCUUCACGAAAGGGCCAAGUAUCUCAUGGUCCAACACACUGUGCAGGUCAUCUUAACUACAAUCUGGACUCUGUUUGCUAGCCCUAUCGCCGGCGCUAUCACGCCUCAGGGAUGGUACGGCCUUGGUGCAGGUCUAGCAGGUCUCCAAUUCAUCGUGACUCUGUUCCUCCUGCCUGAAACUAAAUAUGACCGUGAUCUAUCCUCAUACCAAGAGUUCACCAGAGAUCACAAUCUGCCCGAUGACGUCGAAGCAAGCGAUUCCAAGAAGCCAGCCGCUGUUCUAUGUACGAGAAGACCUGCCUUGGAUUUCGUCAACUACCAGGCGCGAACUUGGAAGUCGGACAUGCGUCUUUGGGUCGGCAAGCCGGAAUGGUACAAGGCGGCCGAGGUCAUCAAGCAAACAUGUGCUCUGUUCUUCUUUCCCAAUGUCUUCUGGGCUCUUUGCUUAAAUGGACUUACACUAGGCGUCAAUAUCGCCAUGGGAACAACAUACGGAACCGUCUUGACUUCCGCACCGUACAACUGGCCAGAUUCGAGCUCCAGCUACGUGAACUGCGGACAGAUUAUUGUGGCGCUUAUAGCACUGCCGCUUCUGGGCACAGGUUCGGAUAGGCUGAUCCGACGAUUUGCAGAUCGCAAUGGGGGAUUCCAUGAGCCGGAAAUAAGGAUUAUACCCUUGAUCCUCCCUAUCAUUGUUGGAACUGUUACUAUCAUAUUGUAUGGACAGGGCGCCGCGCAUCCAGAGAAGUAUCACUGGUUUGUUUAUGUGUGGGCCAUGUCGGCAUACUACUUUGCGUUUGUGGGUGCAAAUAUUGUGGCCAUUACUUAUUUGCUGGAUAGUUACCCUGCGCGGGCUGGUCCGAUGCUGGUGAUUAUAUGUGCGUUCCGUGGAUUUAUCUCUUUUGGCACGAGUUAUGGGACGACGCCUUUUGUGCAGCGUCACGGUUAUGAUGGGGCAUUUGGGAUUUUUGGUGCUUUGACUGCUGCUUUUGGACUGCUUGGUGUGCCGGUCUUUAUUUGGGGGAAGAAGAUUCGCCAGAUCACUGGUAGGUUUGCGAAGAGUAAGGCGGAUUAA